AUGCAAUUGUUACGCUUUAUUAUUUACACGUUUAUUACGUUUAAUACUUUUUUCUGCUUAACGGAAGCAGAUUGGUUCGAUGAUUUGGUAAAUGGCUUACAUGGGAAAAUCGUUUCCGGUGCUGAUUAUAUCAAAGAAAAAGCUGCUCCAACGGUACGUGAGACAUUUGAAGAAGCUAAAGAUAAACUGAAAGAUCCCGAAACACAUCGACAUAUUCAGCAUUGGAUCAAGGAGAAAGCUAUACCGGCUAUUAAAGCGAAAGUUGAUGCGUUAAUUAAUUUCAUGAAGAAAGAAGUAGUACCUGAAUUGCAAGGAAUCAAGAAUGCUUAUAAUAUUGCAGCCGGAAGUGAUAACGCUGAUAAGAAAAAAUCAAACUGA